UAGACCUUAACGGAUUUUGCAAACGUCUACAACGUCAGUCCAUAACGUAACGGAAGUGGCAAACGAAACGGAUACGGAAAUAACCGAAAUACAAUAAAAUCGGAAUAUUUUUUAUCAUUUAAAAAUGCAUAGAAAUUAAAAAAAAAAUAAAUAAAAAAUUGAAUAAAAAAAAACAAUUUAAAUCCUUAGGGAUACAAAAAUAUUUUGUCGAAAGAUAAGAAAACAAAAACCAUGGCCGAUCGCUUUCAAAUUUCCAAAGUGAACGGUGGUGAUUUUGAACCCACCAAUAUCACCACCAUCUGUGAAAAUAGUAGUGAUCCAAAUUCUAAUAAUAACAAUGGUGCCAGUUCUCCACCACCACAAACCACCCCCCAUUAUCAACAACAUCCUGCACCGCGUAAAAGCUCUCGCAUAUCCUUUCGGGGAUUUGGCAGUAUUUUUUCCAAAGACAAAGAGGAUCGAAAAUACAGUUUAGGCCAGUUGACACAAGAUUCCGCACCACGCUUGGAUUUCUAUAGACUGUCGAUGAGAAAUCAAAAGCGUCCAUCCAUAGGCGAACUACAAUGUGAACCAAUAGAAGAGCAUGAGGCAAUUCACAUGCCUGAACCUCCGCCAGGCCCAAGUGGACAUGCAAUAAAACUGGGAUGGAUUGUUGGUGUUAUGAUACCCUGCCUCCUUAACAUAUGGGGUGUAAUGUUGUUCUUACGUCUCAGUUGGGUCGUGGCACAAUCGGGUAUUCUGCAAACUCUCAUUAUUAUUGGCAUAUCUUCUGUUGUUUGUGUAAUUACAACGCUUUCGCUAUCAGCCAUCAGUACUAAUGGCGAAGUAAAGGGUGGAGGUGUAUAUUUUAUAAUCUCUCGAUCACUGGGUCCUGAGUUCGGUGCGUCUGUGGGUGUGGUAUUUGCCUUUGCCAAUGCUGUAGCAGCUUCCAUGAAUACCAUUGGUUUUUGUGACUCUCUAAAUGAUUUAUUGAAAUCAAAUGGCUUGAAAAUCAUAGACAAUGACAUUAAUGAUGUCCGCAUUGUGGGAGUGAUAACAAUCUGUGUAUUAGUUCUUAUUUGCUGUGUCGGUAUGGAGUGGGAAACCAAGGCCCAAAAUUUCCUGGUGGUCACCAUUGUCUUGGCCAUUUUUAAUUUUCUCAUUGGAGCUGCAGUCGGACCCCGUGGAGAUGCUGAAAGUAUUUCUAAGGGCUUUGUAGGCUUUUCCUGGGACACAUUGAGUGAAAAUUUUGGCUCCAAUUAUCGUUUCUCCGAAAAGAAAGAACAGAAUUUCUUCAGUGUCUUUGCCAUCUUCUUUCCCAGUGUAACUGGUAUUCAAGCAGGUGCAAACAUUUGUGGUGAUUUAAAAGACCCAGGUGGCGCCAUUCCCAAGGGUACCUUUUGGGCUCUAUUAAUUUCUAUGAUUUCAUAUGCGAUCUUUGUGCUAUUUGCCGGUGGAGCUGCGGUGCGCGAUGCUUCGGGUGAUAUCAGCGACUUGAUUAAUGGUACAAUUGUGAGCUCCGAACUGGCAUGUGCAGCAAACAAUACUUGUACAUAUGGUUUGGCAAACUCUUACUCGGUUAUGCAGUUGAUGUCCUUGUGGGGUCCAUUGAUCUAUGCUGGAUGUUUUGCGGCCACUUUGAGUACGGCUCUGACCAAUCUGCUGUCUGUGCCUCGUUUGGUUCAGGCAUUGGGCAUCGACCAAAUUUAUCCUGGCUUAAUUUUCUUCUCUAAACCCUAUGGCAAACAUGGUGAACCCUAUCGCGGCUAUGUCUUAACCUUCUUGAUCUCAGCUGGCUUCUUGCUAAUUGGAGAAUUGAAUGUAAUAGCACCCUUGAUUUCGACAUUUUAUUUGGCUUCUUAUGCCCUCAUCAAUUUCUGCACCUUCCAUGCGGCCUUUGUCAAACCCUUGGGCUGGAGACCCACAUUUAAGUAUUAUAAUGCAUGGCUUAGCUUGUUUGGUUUUGUACUUUGCAUUGGCAUUAUGUUUUUAAUUAACUACGUUGCAUCGCUGAUAACUCUGGUGAUAAUAUUCGCCUUAUAUCUAGUGGUGAUGUAUCGAAAACCUGAAGCCAACUGGGGUUCUUCAACACAAGCUCAACAAUACAAGGCUGCCGUUACUGCUGUAUACAGAUUACAAAAUGUCUCCGAACAUGUUAAAAAUUAUACACCCCAAGUAUUGGUAUUGUGUGGCGAUCCCAAGGACAGGCCACCACUAAUAGAUUUUGGCUAUAUCUUGACAAAGCAAAACUCUCUACUCUUUGUGGGAAAUGUAUCAACGACAAAUUUGGGUUAUAAGAAUCGUAAAGCAUUGAUCAAGGAUGGCCAGAAAUAUCUCAAUGCUCGUAAGAUUAAAGCUUUCUAUAAUAUAAUUGAUGGAUUUGAUAUGGAGGAGGGUGUAAAGGCUUUGAUGAAGUCUACAGGUUUUGGAAAAUUAACACCAAAUAUUGUUCUCAUGGGCUACAAGGCUAAUUGGGUGGAAUGCGGUAGAGAGGAGGUCCAGACAUACUUCAAUAUAUUAAACAUGUCCUUUUCAUUGCGAAUGGGAGUGGCAAUUUUACGCUUGCCAUCUGGCCUAGAUUUCUCAGAAUUAAACCCGGAAAUAACUGAUGGUGGUUCAAAUGGCUUGGGUCACAUUCAUACGGCCAAUGCUAAAGGCUUUAGCAAUUUACUAGUGCCACCCUCAACUGCUGCUUCCGAUCUAUUGCAUGUAGAUUCUAACUUGAACUUGGCUGGUAUGGACAGCACCUAUUCUUCGUUUACAAUACCACAAGAGGCACCAAUGCCUAACAUGAAUAGUACAAAGAAAUACAAUGUGAUUCAAGAUGAUAAUGUUAAAUAUUUGACAAGUGGUGGUUCGGAAGUUCCAAAGGAUGUAUUGGAUGCUUUGACAAUAUUUACACGUAAACAGCCAAAGAGUACCAUUGAUGUGUACUGGUUGUACGAUGAUGGAGGGUUGACCAUGCUCUUACCCCAUAUAAUAUCGAUGCGUUCAAACUGGUCGACAUGUAAACUGCGAGUUUUUGCUUUGAGUCAUGGCAAGGAUGAAGAAAUGGCAGAGAAAAAUAUGGCGAGUUUAUUGACCAAGUUCCGUAUAAAAUACUCCGAACUCAUAAUGCUAAAGGGUCUUACUGAUGCUCCAAAACCAGAAACCGUGCGCCAGCAUAAACAUUUCAUUGAUACCUAUUGUGCGUGUGCCAAACCCGAAGAUCCUGGUAUUACCAAUAAUGAAAUAGAAAAUAUGGCAGAGAAAACCAACAGGCAAUUGCGUGUGCAUGAAAUGGUAGUGGAACACUCAUCACAAGCUGGGCUAAUUGUUAUGUCCUUGCCCAUGCCUAGAAAGGAAGCCAUUUCUGCACCUCUGUACAUGUCUUGGCUGGAAAUGUUAUCGACGGAUGUCAAAUGUCCUGUUCUCAUGGCCAGAGGCAACCAAACGCCAGUAUUAACUUUCUACUCUUAAGCGAAACAUAAACCAAAUCAAAUUAUUACAAUCUAAAAAGACACACAUAGACAUAAUUUUAAAACAAUAAGAGUAUUAUUAAUUAGAUUCGAUUUUUGUUUUCUUCUUGUUUUCAAUAACAAGCUAGUUUUUUAGUUAAUAUGUUCUCUAAACAAAUACAAUGUUUAUUUAAAUUAA